GGCAAAGUGAACACAAUUGGUGUCAGCUACACCUCAGAGUCAGAGAACCAGAGACCACGUAUGACUUUCAGGCUGGACACUGGCUAAAAGGAUCUAGAGAGUGGAUGAAAACGCUCUGGUGAGGCCAGAGUCUUGAGAGUGCUGGUCAGAGCAAAUCAGAAACUAGUCGUGGAGCAAUGGAGCAGGUUAUGCUAUGGGAGUUAGAUGUAGUUGAGGAUCUCUUCCUUACAACUGGAUUAAUGUAUGAGGAGAUUAAGACUAGCUAAUUUUCUGCAUAAGUAGUGAACUAUCAUUUCUUUAGUGGCCUUUUAAUCAGGCUCUUGAGAGUGGGUAGGCCAAGCCUUUACAUGGUGGUUCCUAAGGCAGGACAGCCCACUGGCCAUGAGCACAUGACUUUAGGGGAGUUUUAAUUCAAUGUUCUGAGGUCCAAAAGCCACAGUCUCCUAGUUCCUCAGCCCUUGCUGGACCCUCAGAUUGGAAGUAUUAACUUUGGUCUAACUCCUUGCCUCUUGGCUGAGUCCCAGCCUUUAACUCCAGUUACCAUCACCAUGGUGUUCAUGAGAACAAGGCCAGGUCCCUUCCUUUGACAUCUGAGACAAAACCAUGUACACAAUGGAUAGCUAAAUAGAACCCUGGUGUUUUCUGAGACUAUUAUUCUUCCAAAUAUCCAACACUCCUAGAAACUUUCUUUUGUGAUUAUCUCACCCUCUUGUGCCCAGUUUUCAUAUUCAAUGAGUGAAUAGCCUGAGUCCCUCAUUUCUAUCUACUAACACUGUUUAUGAAGUCCUUACGUCUUGUAAACAUUUGCAGCUCAUGAAAUGAAGUUUUAAAGGGCCAAUCUUUCCACAAAUUCUUGGUUUAAUCCUGGGUGAAACAACGAUCAGCUGGACAGGAGAAUACUUUAUCUAACACUGAUCUCUUUCACUUUUCAAGGUAGAAUUUUUUUUGACCUAGAUUCUGUCCCUUGAAAGGCAAAUGACUCUAGAUAAUUCUAAAAUAUUGUGCUAACUGUUAAUAUAAAAGGAUAAUUCCCUAACUACAUUUAUUUAAUUAUCCUGAAAAUCUGCCAGCCAGAAACUGUCCGCUUUUAUCCACCUUCAUUUUUUACCUUCUGAGCAGCCCUCUCCAUAGCAACUAGAAAUGUCUCUGGGCUGAAAUAAUCCUCUCCAGCUCCCAGCGUACAGUCAAGGAAUUUUAAAAACAGAACUUUGGAACCUCGAAAUGCUCUCAGAGAUUUAAAGGCCCUGGGAGCUCACGCUAAAUAACCAUUUCUCUUUCUUGAGAUCAACUGAAGACUUUUUUUCUACAAAAAUUUUGACUGAUUCUGAAGACUCUUCCCUUCCUCUUAGAGACUAUUGAAAAUUCCUCUGGUGGUAGGUUAUCCUGUGCAUAGCUCCUACCUCAGGCCAACUCAAGCCAAAGGAAGAGUGGACAUGUGCUUCCGGACAAAUCCCCCGGUGUUGAUGGUGCUACUACCGCUCUGUCUCCUCAGCCUUGUUUCCUCUGCUGAGACGAACAAAGACCUCACUCAGGAUACUAGCAGCGCUGGGAGUCAAGGCCUACUAGAAGUCUUGAGGGUCCUCUCUGCCGGUGACCACCAGUCCCUCAACCAUCCACGAAGCCUCAUCAAAAUUCUGGUCGAGAAGACUGGGUGUCCACAGCGGACACAUGGAAUGCGAGGAGACUGCAAGCUGUGUUUGGAACCAGAUGUACUGUUACUCACAGCUGGCGGAGGUUUCGAGGAUGAACUUAGAGAGGAGGUGGUCCAGAGAGUUUCUCUCCUCCUCCUCUAUUACAUCAUUCACCAGGAAGAGAUCUGUUCUUCAAAGCUCAACAUGAGCAACAGAGAGUAUGAAUUUUACCUGCAUAGCCUGCUGGGCCUCAGGCAGGAUGAAGACUCCUAUUUCCUUUCACAGAAGGAGACUGAUGACAUCUUGGCUCUUACCAGGAUGUACUUUGGCACGUCUGGUAGCCAGUGUGUGGAAACUAAGACCCUACAGAGGACAUCUGGCAUUCAGGGCAGCGACGGUGCUGAUGAAAAGACGCUUCCUCAGCUGGCCACAACCAUCCUUGCCCUGUCGCUCCAAGGUGUUUGCCUGGGGAGAGGAGACCUGCCUUCCCCAGAUGACUUCACAGACUAUAUUUUCAGUUUCUUGAAUAGUUCCAAUUCCCUCCCCCUCUCUGGACUAGAUCAACUCCUCAACAUGCUCUUUACCAGAGGGGCCUGUGCCAAAAAGGAUCCCCCCCAUCAACACCAAAGGAAACAAAACACGACAAUAUCCAGUUGGGGAGACCCUAAGACACCUACAGCAACGGAGAAAGAUUCCGAUGAUCCUUCUGUUUCCUGGGAUCAGGCUUGCUUCUCUGCUAGGCAGCUGGUGGAGAUCUUUCUACAGAACCAUAGUAGUCCUUCCAUUUCUAAGGAGGAUUUUAAGAAGCUAAGUCCAGGGAUCAUCCAGCAACUACUCAGCUGCUCUUGCCAAAUGCCCAAGGACCAGCAAGCAAAGCUCCCACCCACCACUCUGGAGAAGUACGGCUACAGCACGGUGGCUGUGACAUUCCUGACGUUGGGUUCUAUGCUUGGGACGGCACUGGUCCUUUUCCACAGCUGUGAGGAGAACUACAGUCUUAUUUUACAGCUCUUCGUGGGCUUGGCUGUGGGAACUCUCUCUGGGGAUGCCCUGCUCCACCUCAUCCCUCAGGUUCUUGGUUUACAUAAGCAGGAAGCCUCAGAACUUGGACAUUUCCAUGAUAGCCAGAGUCCUAUUUGGAAGCUGUUAGGAUUGCUUGGAGGCAUCCACGGAUUUUUCAUAAUAGAAAAAUGUUUUAUCCUUCUUGUACCACCAAAUACCAAGGGCCUGCCAUUGGUAAAUGGACAUGUGGGACAUGCCCACCACCUUGCACUCAACCCUGAAUUAGAUGACCGGUCAGGUGGAGGCAAGUCUGUUUCGACCAUCCAACUGAAAGGCCCAGAAGAUUCACAGACAGCUGAGCUACCCAUUGGCGAUGUGUUAACCUCCAACAGAAAAUGCAAAACUAUCAGCUUAUUGGCAAUCAUGAUACUGGUUGGGGAUAGCCUGCACAAUUUUGCAGAUGGCCUAGUAAUAGGGACAGCCUUCUCAUCUUCAUUGGAGUCAGGAGUGACCACAACGAUUGCUAUUUUGUGUCAUGAAAUUCCACAUGAAAUGGGAGACUUCGCUGUGCUCUUAAGUUCGGGACUCUCCAUCAGGACUGCCAUCCUGAUGAAUUUUAUAAGUGCCCUGACUGCCUACAUAGGACUCUACAUUGGUCUCUCAGUGUCCGCUGAUCCACAUGUCCAAGACUGGAUUUUAACAGUGACUGCUGGAAUGUUCUUAUAUUUAUCCUUGGUGGAGAUGCUGCCUGAAAUGACUCAUGUUCAAACACAACGACCCUGGAUGACGUUUCUCCUGCAGAACAUUGGAUUGAUCCUAGGCUGGCUUUCUCUUUUGCUCUUAGCUGUAUAUGAACAGAAUAUUAGAAUAUAAGUUAAGAUUCUCCAAUAUCUUACAAAAUGAAUUUAUCCAGUCCUAUCUCAUUUCUUCCAUGUACUCUAUGCUGAUCACUAAAUUUGGUAUUUUUAUUUUAGGCAAAGAAUCUGUCUUUUAUCUUAACUUGCUGAUUAUCUAUUGUAAUUUUUUUAGAAUUAUAUAAAGGUUGAGUCUGUCUUGUAUUGAAAUGUUUAAUUUUGUUUCUGACACUGUGGUGGACCACAGUAAUGGUUAAUGUUAGUAAAUUCUGAAUUCUAGUCAACUGCAAAGAUAUUAUUUCUCUAAGAAGAAUGUUUAUUUGUUGUAUUUGAAGCAUACAGGUGCCCUUUGGGAUAAAAAUCAGCUGCAGCAGUCUUGUGGGGUUUUUUUAUGUUAAUAAUACAUUUGUGAUUUAUAGACCAUAAGGAAAUAUGAGAAUAGAAAUAUAAUAAAGGCUAGUUUUAAUGUGGUGGUUUCAAUUAGCUUCUGUUGCUUUCUACACAAAUCCUGUCUUUCAAGCUGCUAUAGUGUGUUCACCUGGAAGAAUCAAGGCCUGUUAUCAGUGGUAGAUAUGAAUAAACAAUUUGGGAAGCUCAAAAGAUAUAGUAGGAUGUCUACCUGUUCUCCUGUAAAAGUCAGCACACAUCUGUUCAAGGCAAGAAUUGUUUGAUGUUCCUGAAUCAAUAAGGUAACAAAGAGUCAGGCAGGAAUCCAAUGACUCAGCUCUCAUAGGUUAUAUAAUAGGCUGUGUGUGUGUGUGUGUAUGUGUGUGUGUGUGUGUGUGUGUGUGUGUGUGUGUAUGUGUGUAAUCUUACUGAUGAGUUAUAUGUUUGCAUUGUCUCUGGGGUCACUUUAAAUGGGAUAUCAGUAGGUGAAUUCAUGAACAAGGAAUAUUACUGGUAACCUAGAAUAUUAUUAAAAUAGAAAACAACUCAAGCUUUAAUAACAUUGUCCUUUGGAACAUGGUGCCUACUGUUUUUCUUAGAGUUUAAUGAUGGGUCUUGACAAGGGAAAAGGUUGUUUUAUUAUAAUUGUGACUCAUGGCACUCAGUUAUGUAUCUCUCCUACCUCUUACUCACCAACUGGUGAAAGUUCUUUGUCAUGCCCCAACCCAAACAUAAUCUUUUACAACUACUUUGAUUUCAAUAUGAAGUGGACUUCUCCAUCUGUCUUUGUACUUACCUAGAGACUCUGGGUUAUUGUGUAUGAGAACUCAGUGUACACCAGAAACAGCUAAGGACUUUGCUACAGAGAGCACAGAUGACAGGCUUCAUCAGAACCUCUGACUCUAGGGGUCUGAGAGAGUCCUGAGUCCUUGACUGAGAACUUUCAGGCAUUGAAAGCAGCUGGCUGUGGCCAGACUCUGAAUGCCACUGAUGAAAGAAAUCAUAUGGACCUGGCUUUGAGAACAGAGCACAGGCCUAUUACCCAAGAGCUGUGUGCUUCUGACUAAGUUGGUUAACACUUCUGUUCUUUGAUAUUUUUCCUCAGAGGGAAGCACAGAGAACCUCAGCCUUCUGAUUGUGGAGAGCAAGCUAAACUGAACAAACACUCCUUUGUACAGGCCAGCCUGGGGGAGAAGCUGCAAAUGAGAAGUACCAGACACUAUCUGUGUUUGUGUUUUAAUGUCCAGGUUCUGAUUUGGACAUGUAGCCAUCAUUUAGGCUAACUUAAUUGGAAGAGCUCUGAUGGAUGACUGUGGUUCUGGUCCAAGGUUAGAGAAGCCUUGGCUAAAUUAAAAUUUGAGAUGUGAGCUGUGUACUCUAUAACCUUCAAAUGAGAGUGAUUUUGAUACCAGUGGAGUUGGAAUCGGUGUGCAGGGGGGCUUGAGUGGAGCCAGCUAUCAGGACACAUUCCGAGUACUUCGCAAGCUUAUCACUCGUGUUCUCUGAUUGGGAGCAGAGACCUGGCCACUCAGAGGUCAUCCUAAGGAUAGUAGGAUGUAGUAGCUUUUAAGGGCACCUUUUUGGGUUCCCCUUUUCUCUCCUUCACCUUAUCAUUGAUUUGUUGAUAAUCAAAAUGUGUUCCAGACAGCAUACCCUAAGUAAUCUUAGAGUUGCUAAGCCAGGCCAGGGUGGUGACUCAGUGUAAAAAGCACUUGUCACAUAAGCCUGAUAAUCUGAGAUAGACCCCAAACCACACAUAAAAGGUCAGAUAUGGUGGCCUGUACCUGCAAUCCCAGCCCUCAUGCAGCAAGAUGGGAGACAGAGACAGGAGAACUGACUUCACAUUCAUGGGCCAUGUAGCCUGGAGUGACAGACAAGUGGGGUUGGGCCUCAAAGCCAAAUGGAAGAACAGAAACAAUUCCCAAAAUUUGUUCUCUGGUCUCUUUAUGUGUAAUGUGGCAACUAUGUACCAAUAUUCGCAUAUACUGUUUUUUUUUUUUUACUAAAAUGUUUCUAGUCUUCAAAAUUGAGUGAUAAUAAUAAAAAUAAGAUGACAGUUCUAGACCCUCUAAAAAUGAACCAAGUCUAAAUUUGGGGUGGGCUGACAGUGGUUCCCUUUAGGCUAAAUAUACUUUAUAUGCCUUAAACACAGAUUUUUCAAUAAUACUGGGGUGUGUCUGUUUCCUAGAACUCAAUUUAGGUUUCUACUGUAUUUCUGCUGGUGAUUUGUUUACUUCUUCUUCCUCUUUCUCCUCCUCUUCCUCCUUCCUCCUUUUGUUGUUCUUUUUCAUAAAUCACUGGACUAGAAAUGUUGCUGGGGAAAAAUGAGAGCGGACCAUGUAGUUUUCGUAUUUGAGCAUCUAUCAUCUACUGACAGGUCUGUUUUUAGAGACAGAGGAAUUGGCCCAUGCAAAGUCUGGGAAAGAUGGCUUCGCUGUUGAAGGCUGAGGAGACCAGAGUCUUAGGUAAAUGCAUCUGUGAACUGUGGCCACUCCCAACUGUCCUGCCACCUUCCCGCUUUGCAGGUGAGACUUUGUAUCUCUUUUUGAGACUCAUUUCUCAAGACACAGCACAGUUACAACAUUGUUUCUUUUUUGGACUGAAGAUAAAGGUCAUGGUCACAGGAUACUAAUUACUAAGGUUAUUUUGGGCUCAUCAAUUGAGUCAUUAAGAACAGUGCCAAAGUGAGAUCUAGGUUCAAAUCUCGGCCAUACUGCUUGAAACAACAAUUUCUUUUUUUUUCCCCAAUGAAAUAAGGUUCUGGUGAUGUUAGUAUAGAAUACUGCUUGUGAAACACUUUGCACAGAGCCUGCAAAAAUAUUAAUAAUGAUUAAAAACACCCCUCCUCCUUGAUACUUUGUUUUCCUGAUAGCUUCUAUUCUUUCUCAGCUCUGUACCCUUCACCAGGAAAUUACUGUUUUGUUGAUGUAGAAUGGAGAUUGAACCUUUUUGUAUACCUGUGCCCCUGAGCUUGAGGCUCCACAGUAGAGAGCUUGUUUGCUUAGCAUGAAGAAGCCCCCAAGUCCAAUCCUCAACAUUGAGGAAAAAAUAUUAAAAAUCUGUAUCCAUCUAUAAUUCUCUUUAAAGCCUCCAAGCCAGCUUCCCCUAGGGAGCUAAUACCAUCCUGAAUGUGUGUGUGUGUGUGUGUGUGUGUGUGUGUGUGUGUGUGUGUGUGUGUGCUUCGUUUUGACUCGCUUCUAGAGAAUGGAUGGGGCCUCCUUUGGCUUACCCUACUCUGCCCAACCUCCCAGGCAGGCUCCAUCCUGUGUCAUAGUACUUACGCUCAGCAGGCAUCCCCUUAACAUAUUCUUUCUCUCUCACAAUAAGUGAGAAUCUAUUAUGCGUCACUGCAGUUAUACUUCUGAGGGUGAAUAAUGGAACCUGGCUGAGAAGAACAUGUCUGAGGUCAUGGCUGUUGUCACGACUUGAUUCUGACUGAAGGAAAACAAAACUAAACAAACAAACAAAAAAAAAAAUGGUUAAACUGAACCUCCCUGUUCCAACGCACCUGCUGAUGGGAUGAAGCCAGCCCCCAAAAGAAGCAGGGCAUUGGCUUGCUGGAGGCCUGGUCUGUUUAGAUAAGGCAGUUUCCUCAAGCUGAGUGUACUAACAGUCUGCACUCCUAGGAGAGGCACCCUGGGCUUCAGGGGCUGAACAUACCCCAAGCCAACGUCCUUUAGUGUGGGGAAAUAAACCUUAGGUUGUCAUUUACCUUUUAAAAUGCAAAUGGAAUGUAGGAGAAGUUUUGAGGGGCCAAGUGGAGACCAUAAGCCAGGAGGGGUCUUAACCCCCACACCAGAAAGUCUUUAAAUGAUCUAUUCACUAUAUCCAGCCCAGUGUUCUUGUCCCCAAGAUGGAUUAUCUGCUUCACAAGACCUUCCCCACAUGCUGUCAGCCCACAUUGCAAAUCUGUAAAUUCCUGAUGCUUCUCUGUCUUUGUUAUGUUAAACCUCUCCACAUUCCUAAUCAUGCUGAAAUAUGACUGUGUGGUGUGUGUGCGCGUGUGCAGGCAAUAUACAUGUAAGAAUGCAAAAUAAAACAAAGCAGGGAUGUAGUUAUAAAGGUCAAGGUCCAGGACUCCAGGCUAAAAGCUGAGAUUUAACCAUGGGAUUAAACUUUCUCCCCCCACCCCCCCACAGCACAGUACAGUGCAGUCCCCAUAGAAUCAGAAGGGAAUGCAACUGAAAAUCUCACAGUGCUGAAGACUCUCUAGGGAAAGCCAGAAUAUGGGAGACAAGAAUAACUUAGGAGAUGCUCUGACUGCAGAGAUGGUAGGGAGUACACAAAGCAUAACUCGUGGCCGGAUCAUCACAAAACCCUGCUAAAGGUCUAUUCAUGUCACAUCCUUUUAUCCAGUAGGACAUGUUGGCUCUCAUCAGAAAAAUGACAAGACAGUCAACAAGACAAAAGAGUGUAGGUAGAAAGACAGCGCAAGCGUCAUCACCAGACUCAAGAGGGAAAGAGAUGUUGGAGUUAUCAGACUGGAGACAUAAACAGGUGUAGUUAAUAGGAUAAAGCUUAUGGUGCAGAAAUGGGCCAUCUUUAAAGCAGAGAGGAGAUGCCAUUAAAGGUGGUGGCGCACGCCUUUAAUCCCAGCACACGGGAGGCAGAGACAGGUGGAUCUCUGAG